AUUCAAUCCAACAAUGGAUCACGCAGCACUGACACCCUUCUGGGGUCCCCAAACAUCCUACCUAAACUUUUGCGAAGAAGACUACGUAAUAACCAGGUACAUUGCGGAAUUCAUCAACACCCUAAGCAGCUUCGUAUACGUCCUCUACGGGAUCUACGGUCUAUCAAAGCUCUGUCACAAAAAGCAUGCCGGUUCCCGCUCGAUCCCCUACUUCGGACUGAUCGGGGUAGGAGUAUGUUCAGCCGGCUACCAUAUGACUCUAAAAUACCACACCCAGAUGUCGGACGAACUGUCCAUGCAUCUCCUAACAACACCCCUCCUGUAUCGCAUCCUUUCUUUCCAAACCACACCCCAGCACACCAGAACAGUAGGGAUCAUCCUCUCCCUCCUCUUCACGAUCGUCAUGGUCGUUCACAUGGUCAUGGAUGAAUUCCUGCUCCACGCUGUCACCUUCGGUAUGGCAGUUUACUUGAUCGCGACGCGCACGCUGAAAAUUAUUCCCCGGCAAAUUCCCGACCCGGCCACCCGGAAGAAGGUGCAAAGUAUCGCGCUCUUUGGAUGCGCGAGUUUUAUCUUCGGGUACCUGGUGUGGCUGAUUGAUGAUUUGGCGUGUCGGGUGCUGAGGAGCACGAGACAGACUGUUGGUCUGCCUUUGGCUUUUUUGUUGGAGUUGCAUGGGUGGUGGCAUGUCUUCACAGCUAUUGGGGGGUAUAUUGCUGUUGCGGUUAUUGAUUUGAUUACAUCCGGUGAGAUGCAUCAUGACCCUAUUGGGCAGCUUGCCUGGCCGCUUCCUGUUGCGGCGAGGUUGGCAGGAGGAGCGACCGAAGUGAAGAAACGGAAUUAGACCUAGCGACUAGAGGUGGAGGAGAAGGUAAGGGAGGAGAAGGUAAGGGAGGAGAAGGUAAGGGAGGAGAAGGUAAGGGAGAAGGUAACAGUGGCGAGUUAGGGUAAGGCCAGAUAGAUAGUAGAUUGUGCUCUAGGAGGGAGGAUCAAGCAUGACGAACUGGUGGAAUGGAGGAAGUGUCUGAUACCUCUAAAUAGGGAUGUAUAACAUUUGAAUAAGUUGGUUGGGGCUUUUUGACCUGGCUGAGGCUAGUUCUAAA